AUCUCCUUCUUAUUUCACAAAAACAAACUUUCCAGGAGAAUCCCAUUUCCAAUGCCCUCCCAAAACGCACAAAACCCAAAAACAAUGGAUGAUUGCAUGAGAAUCUGCAUGAGAAAGCUAGCGCUUUGGUACACCAAAACGUUCGUACCCCUCAUGACGCACGACGAGCUUGAGCCCAUCAUGGAUACCAUGGGUUUCGUCGGCCUCCCUCCGGACCAGGGAAAUUCUACGGUCGCCUGGAAGGAGUACGUCUACAGGGCUUCGCCUCCGGUUUCCUGGCGGUCCAAGUCUUCCUCUUGCUUGGGUUCCAUUGCAGGUGAACCGCCUACGACGGAGCCGCCCAGACCGAAGUUACCUUACCCCAGGAUCGAUGGGCUUCACAUUUACACCUACCGCGCCUUCCUCGACGCCGUUAACUUUUAUGUCAAGAUGUACGAUAUGUCGGACCUCUUCCACGUUAGAGGAAUGCCUCUUCAUCUGAGUCAUGACCGCAGCAGGAAGUGGAGGCGUAUGGAAGAAGAUGAUAGUGUCUUUGUCUACAGGGAAGGAACACUGGAACAAACAACAUAUAACUUAUAUCACUUCAACAAGACAAACUCCAGCAGCGAUGGUAGCUGCAACGGCUACAGUUCCACAGUUAUUCGGGACAAAGGGAACAACCCCCCUGUUAGCUGCUCUGUUCCAUUGAAGGAUAUUAUAGUAUGUACAGUAUGAACAGAAAGAUGCUUGGCCACUUGCGUAUAAACACCAGGUCCUUGAGGCUCACAUUUUUGUCAUGGUAUUGAAUUAUUGAUAUAACCCAAAGUUGUUUUUUCGAGAUUUUUUUAGAAACAGUAGUAAUGUAGUUAAUCACAAAGAACAAUUUCGUAUUAAUAUUACAUAUAUACAUCCCUUUUAUCACCUUUAAAAAAGAUGAAAAGAAUUAGAUUAUAUGCUUUUUUUUGUCAUAAGAAGUUCAGAAACUAAGAUAGUGUUUGGUUUUAAA